AUGGGAACAUCUAAAAAGAUAUUAAACUCUAUUAGAAAGGAAGCAAAACAGAAUACUAAAAAUGUAUCUAAUUUCAAUGACUUUAUGAUGGUUUUAGGUGAUGUUAAACCAGAAGAUCAAGAAACAUCAACAACAACAGAUGAUAGUACAACAACCAAUGUAAAUGGUAAAAGAGAAAUAGAUCAAGAAGAUGAAGAAAAAGAAGAAGAAGAACAACAAGUAAACGAUAAGAAACCACCAAAAAGAAUUAAGAAAUCAAAAGAAGAAAGAUUUAUGGAGAAACAACAAAAAAUAAGAGAUGAUAUUCAAAAAGAAGAGGAAGAUCAAAAGAAAUCAACUACCACUACUCUUUCAUCUACUUCAUCUACUACUUCAGCAGAAGUUGAUAAAUUAAAAAAAGAAUUAGAAAUGGUUAAAGAGGAAUUAGAAAAUAGAGAAGCAGAAUUAAAGAUGCAAGAAAAGUUUUUGAGAAAGUCUAAAAAGGAGACAAAGGAUUUACAACGUGAAAUUAAAUCAACCAUCUACAAGGUCAAUCCAAAGGCAACUCGUUCCAUUGCCAUACCAAACGAUAUUUUGGAUGACUUUGCAAGCGAGGAAAUGAAAACUUAUCUCGUUGAAAUGAUUGCUCGUACGUUGGUACUCUUUUCAAUCGAUGAAGUCAUUGUCUAUCGUUCAACUAAAUCUACCAAUUCAACUACCGAUAAAUUAUGUAAAUUAUUAGAAUUUAUUGAUUUACCAAAAAAUAUAAGACAUCAUUUAUACGAUUUAAAUGAUAUUGAUUAUCAAUUUGUUGAUAAAUUAAAAAGAGUUGAAUCUGGUCAACAUGCAACUUCGAAUCGUUGGACCAAGUAUAGAGAGGGUAUUGUGUUGGACAAGUUGUCGGGCAAGUUUUCAUUGGUCGAUGUUGGGUUGGGCGAUGGCAAGGAGAUCAAGAUUGACAAGGAGUUGCAGGCGGGUAUCCGAGUGACACUAGAGAUGGAAGAGGAACACGGCAAGCAAAUCAACAAUGCCAACCAACACCGCAAGGGCAAGGUGGUGUCACCGGCAGAGGUUCGUCACGACGGUCACUAUUGGGGCUACCAAGUACGUUCGGUCGACUCGAUUGAUAAUGUCUUCCAAGACAGCUCUUUCAAUGCCUACGACUACAAGAUUCUAUUUACAUGCAACUCUCACGAUAACCAAGAAGUACAAGAUCUCAAACAACAAAGACUCAAAGAAAAACAAGAUAUCUUUGACAAUAAUCUAGAAUCACAACAACAUGUUUUAAUCAUUUUUGCUGAACGUGAACAACAAAUUUUAGAUUUAUUAAAACAACUUCCAAUUGAAAAAGAAGAUGAAAAGGAAGAAGAUGAAAAUGAAGAUAAAGAAGAAGAAAAGAAAGAGGAUGGAGAAAAGAAAGAAAAGAAAUUGGAUAAAAGUUUGGACAAGAUUAUUGAUUUACAAUCUGAUAAUACAUUAAAAUCAAAAAGAGUUAGAUUUGAGGAAACUUUAUUAAUUGGUUUAUCAAGUUUACUUAAUAAGGUUAUUUAA